GAGGGAUUCUCUCUCUCUCCGAGUCUGUGCCCAUACGAUGGGCCAUGCAAGUGGAUCUUACGCGCUGGCCUCAAUAUUACUCUUGGUCGCCCUUGGCUAUGGGGUGACGGACGAGAGGGGGCGGCAGGCGAACGCCCGCUUUUGGCGGCGCGUCGACGAGCUCGGAAGGGGUGGCGAUCCAGGUUGUGCGCUCGCGCUUUUCGGUGUAGGGUACGGCGGGCACGAAAUCUGCAAUGCAUCGAUCGUUCACAAUCCCUGUAUCUUCCACUCAUUUGGGAUCGAACAGGAUUUUUCCUUCGACCUGCACGUGGCGAGGCAGUGGAACUGCAGGGGUGUCCUCCUUGACCCCACGGUGCAGCAUCCUGAACAUCCAGGCAACGCUCAGGGGCUCACAUUUCUCAAGAUCGGUGCCAAUUCCCCAGUAACCAGAUCGAAAUGGACAAGCACCAAUGUCCCCCUUCUUGGCCUUGCGCUCGGCCACCCACACCUUCAUAUCCUCAAGAUGGACUGCGAGGGCUGUGAGUACCAACUGGCCGCAGACAUUGCGAAGACGCGACCCAACUUUUUCUGGCACGUUGACCAAUUUGCAUUCGAGCUCCACACAUGCGAAGGACUGAGUCCACCAGGUGAGCAAGCAGCUAACGCAAUAUAUUCCCUCUUCGCAUUCUUGUUCGAAGCCGGCCAUGACCUUCGUCACUUUGAUCGUACACGUUGUUCCAAACACUCGUCAUUACGGACCGAUUUUGCGGGCUGGAAUCAUUCUUACUUCCCAAGUGACCGCCCCAGGAUUGAUGCGCAUGGACGUUAUGUGAGACCUUGGGUUUGGUGCUGCUACAAUAUCCUUUUCACCAGGGAUCGUAGUCAAAUCAGUUUAAAUGGACUCCCCGGGCCCUAAGAUUCACCCUGCCCGGACAACUGAAAUUCCCUUUGAGCCCAAUAUAGAUAUGGAGCGAUAGGAAAUGAUCUUCUUUUCGUAAUUGCGGGUUCGGCCCAGCAAGACACGCGCCAUCGGAGGAACAAGGGGCCCUAGGUUGGCAUUAGUAGUAUACUCAGGCUAUGAGUUGUAGCCUGAGCCUUUUUUACAUC